UUUGUUUUACCUUGUUAACAGGUAAGGAAACCAAGGCUGAAGAAGUAAUGAAAUGGACUUGGAAUCUUGGAUUCUUCCAGUUUUCCGUCUCACCAGAGCUGUGGCUGUAUAGCCUUUCUUCCCCUUCCUUGAGCCUUACGACCUCAGACCAGUUCCAAGCUUAUAUACUUCUUUUUUUUUAAACAUUUUUUUAUAGCUGUAGAUGGACAGCAUAUCUUUAUUUUAUUUGUUUAUUUUUAUGUGGUGCUAAGGCUCGAACCCAGUAUCUCAUACAUGCUAGCAAGUGCUCUGCCACUGAGCUACAGCCCCAGCCCUUGAUACUUCUCUUAACAGGCUUCUUGGGUUGUUUCUGUCUGAGUUGUUAUGAGAGAUGGCACAACUCCUGACCCAGGUCUGCCCACACAGCCCCUCACAUGUACUCUAAGGCUGGAGGAAGUCCCCCUGGAGGUGCUGAGGCAGAGGGAGUCUAAGUGGCUGGACAUGCUCAACAACUGGGACAAAUGGAUGGCCAAGAAGCACAAAAAGAUCCGCCUGCGGUGUCAGAAAGGCAUCCCACCUUCUCUGCGGGGCCGUGCUUGGCAAUACCUGUCAGGAGGCAAGGUGAAACUGCAGCAGAAUCCUGGAAAGUUUGACGAGCUGGACAUGUCUCCUGGGGACCCUAAAUGGCUUGAUGUGAUUGAGCGUGACCUGCACAGACAGUUCCCUUUCCAUGAGAUGUUUGUGUCCCGUGGAGGUCAUGGCCAGCAGGACCUGUUCCGUGUGCUAAAGGCCUACACGCUGUACCGACCUGAGGAGGGCUACUGCCAAGCCCAGGCGCCUAUUGCUGCUGUUCUACUCAUGCACAUGCCUGCUGAGCAAGCCUUCUGGUGUCUGGUACAGAUCUGUGAGAAGUAUCUGCCUGGCUACUACAGUGAGAAAUUGGAGGCGAUCCAGCUGGACGGCGAGAUCCUCUUCUCAUUGCUGCAGAAGGUGUCACCUGUGGCCCACAAGCACCUCAGCCGUCAGAAGAUUGACCCGCUGCUCUACAUGACAGAGUGGUUCAUGUGCGCCUUUGCCCGCACCCUGCCCUGGAGCUCUGUGCUGCGUGUCUGGGACAUGUUCUUCUGUGAGGGAGUCAAGAUCAUCUUCCGGGUGGGGUUGGUGCUACUGAAGCACGCACUGGGCUCCCCAGAGAAGCUCAAAGCCUGCCAGGGCCAGUACGAGACCAUCGAGCAACUGCGGAGCCUCAGUCCCAAGAUCAUGCAGGAAGCCUUCCUGGUUCAGGAGGUGGUAGAGUUGCCUGUGACAGAGCGCCAGAUUGAGCGUGAGCAUCUCAUCCAGCUGCGGCGCUGGCAGGAGACACGGGGUGAGCUGCAGUGUCGCUCCCCACCCAGGCUGCAUGGUGCCAAGGCCAUCCUAGAUGCAGAGCCCGGCCCCCGGCCUGCCCUGCAACCUUCACCGUCCAUCCGCCUACCCCCAGAUGCACCCCUCCCUGGUCCCAAAGCCAAGCCCAAGCCUCCCAAGCAGGUCCAGAAGGAGCAGCGGAAGCAGACAAAAGCAAGUGGGCAACUGGACAAGUCCCUGUCCCCCAACCAAGCCGCGGUAGUGACGGCUGCAGGAGAUGCAUGUCUCUCACAGGAUGUGCCCUCAAAGGACCUGGCUUCUCAGGACCCAGCCCCCCAGGACUCAGCACCCCAGGACUUAGCCCACCACUGCUCCCAGGAGAGCCUGACAUCCCAGGAGAGUGAAGAUACCUACUUGUAACCCCGGCAGCUCAGGCCUCCAGGGUGGGGGUCUCCACACACCUACAUGGUUUGAAGACUGAUGCUCCAGGUCCUGCUCACCCAAGGGCCCCACUGCUUGGCCACUGGGCUGGGAGAGUCUGGCUGGACUAGCACAGAUUCUGCCUGAGCCUCCUUAUUUAUUUUCUCUAGAGUGGAGCUCGGGCUGGCCCAGUCAGGGCAGACAGAAGCCAGGGCAGACAGAAGCCAGGGCCAAGUGGGUGGGGCCUCAUUCAGCACCCUUCCUGGAUGCUCCCAGGAUUAGGGUGCUGGCAUGAGGAGAGAGGGUGGGGUGCCCUUUGUGUAAAAUAGAAAUGUGGUUUUGUACAGAAAUAAACAGGCUUGUGUAGAGA